AUGUGCGUCUUGAAGAUCACCAUCCAAGCUCUUUUCAGUUGGGGGCAACUGACCCUGCCCCUUCCAUUCCUGGGGCUUCAGAUGGAUGACUGCCCAGUCGAAGGCGUCGCUUAUCACAGAGAUGACUUGACUGAAGGAGCUCUGAUUCUGACAAACUACCGGAAGAGCUCAGUUCAUCUGAAGCCACCCUUUUACACGGUGAUUGCCUUUUUUGUUGCAAAGGCCUGUCUUCUGGAAUCAGACGGUGAGUCGGAAACCUACUUCCUACCUUGGCAAGAUGGCCGCUAUGACGAGGAGGCUAGCCAAUGUAGGACUCUGAACCUUGGAAGCCUAUUCGACCGGAGCAGUCACAUGGACUACCCCGAGGCAGGCUGGGGAGACCAAGAUGUCAACAAAGACUCACAUGAUCACGAAGGUAUCGUCCCAUUUGCCGAAACAGGACACGUGAUCUCUCCUGAAGGAUUGUGGGAAGGAGAAGGUCAGCGUUGGUCCCCGACGGAACCGAGCUCCCUGAAGGGGAAGGGAGAGUACAUGCUUCCAUUAGGUCAGAUUAUCUCGGGACAUAACGUGAGCUACCACAGCUAUGCUGAUGACACACAGCUGUAUUUAUCAAUAGCACCUGAUGACCCCAAAUCUCUUGAUUCGCUAACACAAUGUCUAACCUGUAUCUCAGAAUGGAUGAAUAGUAACUUUCUCAAAUUAAAUAAAGAAAAAACCGAAAUCUUAGUGAUUGGCAAUAAUGGAUACAAUGAGGCUAUUAGAAAUAAACUGGAUGCAUUAGGAUUAAAAGUCAAAUCGGAGGUAAAAAGCUUAGGGGUAACCGUUGAUUGUAAUCUGAAUUUUAAAUCGCAUAUUAAUAAAAUCACUAGGACAGCAUUUUUUCACCUAAGGAACAUAGCAAAAGUUAGACCUCUUAUAUCAUCGAAAGAUGCAGAGAAAUUAGUUCAUGCGUUUGUCUUUAGUCGGCUAGAUUACUGUAAUGCACUCCUCUCAGGACUACCCAAAAAAGACAUCAAUCGUUUGCAGUUAGUGCAGAAUGCAGCUGCUAGAAUCCUUACCAGGAAAAGAAAAUCCGAACACAUUUCUCCAGUUUUGAUGUCACUAUACUGGUUACCUGUGUCAUUCAGAAUUGACUUUAAAAUUCUGCUUAUGGUUUAUAAAGCUUUAAAUAAUCUCGCCCCGUCUUAUAUAUCGGAAUGUCUGACACCUUAUAUUCCAAAUCGCAACCUCAGAUCCUCAACUGAGUGUCUCCUUAGAAUUCCAAGAGCAAAACUUAAAAGAAGUGGUGAGGCGGCCUUCUGCUGUUAUGCACCUAAAAUCUGGAAUAGCCUGCCAGUAGGAAUUCGCCAGGCUAAUACAGUGGAGCACUUUAAAAAACUACUGAAAACACAUUACUUUAACAUGGCCUUCUCAUAACUUCACUGUAAUUUAAUCCUGACACUCUGUAUAUCCAAUUCAUUAUAAUAACUAUUCAUUCAAAAUUUGUACUAACCCCUACUCUCUCUUCUGUUUUCUUUUCCGGUGUCCU